UGCAACUGCCUUUGUCUGUCUGAGAAGUUCUGCAAUUUUGACAACUAGGAGUAACCAGCAUACAAGAAGACGGCUGGGGAGCAAGGAGCAGUGAAGCAUCAUGUUUGUCCCUCUGCCAGUCCCCUUCGUGUUCCAGCGAGCCUCUUCAGAAGUGGCGGCAUGGCGAUUGAAAUCUCCCCUUUCCCUCCGAGCAGCCAACGAAAUAAGAAUGUCAAAGCCUUCAGACAUGGAGAAGCCCAGAGCAGACAGCUUACAGCAGGAUGGUGGAGACACUGAAAGAAAUGGUUCAGACUCCAACCAUCAGGCUCAGACAAUGAAAGGAAGUCAAUUUCCAGCAUCCCCCACAAUGCACACCACUAAGGUAAAAGCUGAAGACUCCAGUGAAAUGUGCCAGGCGCCACCGCCUGUUUCCACCCAGGCUCCCACCUCGCAAACACAUCUUCCCCAGACACAGCUCAUGCUAGCUGGCAGCCAGCUUGCUGGGCUCACUGCUCUGAUGCCUACGCAGCAGCAGCUGUUAUUGCAGCAGGCUCAAGCUCAGCUUCUUGCAGCUGCAGUGCAACAGUCAAACGCUGCUGUGGCUGCUCAUGCUGCUGCAGCGUCAAGUCAACAACAGCAACAGCAGCAGCAAACCGCGAACACCAGUGAGCAACAAAAUAACCCUCCCCAGGCUCCUCCCCAGCUAACCCUCUCCCAGCCAAUCCAGCUUACGGCCCAGGAUAUCCAGCAGCUCUUACAGCUGCAACAACUCGUUCUCGUUCCUGGACAUCCUUUGCAAUCUCCGGCACAGUUUCUGCUACCUUCAGCCCAGCAAGGACAACAAACAGGUCUGCUAACAACACCAAAUUUAAUUUCACUACCUCAGCAGAACCAAGGAGGGCUGCUGUCACCUCCUGCUAGACUUGGCCUCCAAGCACAGGCAGUAAACAGGGACCCUCAUUUACAGUCUUUGCAGCAGCACAGCCAAAGCAGCAAGUGUGUUGAAACAUCUGGCACACACCCUGAUGAGCCUAGUGACCUGGAGGAGCUGGAACAGUUUGCCCGUACAUUCAAACAAAGACGUAUUAAGUUGGGCUUCACACAGGGAGAUGUAGGUCUGGCAAUGGGCAAGUUGUAUGGCAAUGAUUUCAGCCAGACGACUAUCUCACGCUUUGAAGCCCUGAACCUUAGCUUUAAGAAUAUGUGCAAGCUGAAACCUUUGCUGGAGAAAUGGCUGAAUGAUGCAGAGACCAUGUCAAUGGAUACCACCCUCCCCAGUCCCAAUCACCUCAACAGCCCCCCUCUAGGCUUUGAAGGCUUGCCAGGUCGCCGCAGGAAGAAACGCACCAGCAUUGAGACCAAUGUCCGUGUGGCCUUAGAGAGGAGCUUUAUUGCGAACCAGAAGCCUACCUCAGAGGAGAUCCUGCUUAUUGCUGAGCAGCUGAACAUGGAGAAGGAGGUGAUACGGGUUUGGUUCUGCAACCGGAGACAAAAAGAAAAGCGCAUCAACCCAGCUAGUACAACACCACCAUUGCCCAGCCAGCAAUCUACUCCACAUAAAGCCCCCAGUUACAGCCCACAUUUGAUCACUAGUCAAGGACUAUCCCAGGCCAUCAGCAGCCUUAGCACAACAGUGACAACAAUGUCUUCAGGAGUGGGCCCAUUGACACCUGCUCCAAUAAAUUCCACUCCAUCACCUGUAAGUCCACCCACUAAUAGUAACAGCACAAGCAGCAGCCCCCAAAGUCACACACCCCUUGGACUGCCUGGACUCAACCCAAAUACAGGGAGUUCAUUGUUGGGGGUGAAUGCAGGAAUUAACCAAGCCCUCAUGGCUAACAACCCUCUGGCCACUAUCCAAGCCCUGGCGGCAACUGGUGGCCAACUGCCCAUUACCAGCCUUGAUGCAAGUGGUAACCUGGUCCUAGGCACUGCUGCAGGGGGUAGUUCUGGCACACAGAGUAUUGUGUCCUCACCUUUGUUCCUGAAUCAUGGAGGACUGCCUUUGCUGGGCUCAAACACAGGUGUUGGAUUGGUCUCCGUUGCUGCCAAAGCCGCUGCUGCAACUCUUCCUGCUGCUGCCUCCAACUUGAGCUCCUCCUCUUCCUGUUCAGGCUCCUCCUCAUCUUCUUCUUCCUCUUCCAGCAGCAGCAGCGAAUCAGCACAGAGUCCUCCUAUGCUGGGUCUGGGAGGGGCUAAGCCAGAGUGAUGGCGCUCCAGGCCCCCUUUUCCAAGCCCUGUCCAAUCCUUUCCUCCCUUUAACCCAGCACCCUCAAGGUGUGUGCAAGGUGAGGGAGGAUGGGACCAACAUGGUAGGAGCUAAGAAUUCUGGAAAAAAAAAAAAAAAAAACCAAACCUCGUUUUAUCAUUUACAAAGAAAGAUGCAGAAGAUUCCAAAAUGGAAAAAAAAUAAUAUUGCUGUUAGCAAGAGGACUAGAAAACCAAGGAGAAAAAAAACACAGGCGGAAAUUUCACACCAAAAAACAGCUUUACCCAAAGGUUCUGUACAUAGUCAACCCGACGCCAGAGGAAAAACUUUAUCGUAUUCUUUUUUCUUUUUUUUUGUUUUUUUGUUUUUUUUUUGUUUUUUGUUUAUAGAAAUUCAGUUUGAAUUUUUUAAUAUAUAUUGUACAAGUUGAGGAAAGCUGAGCCGUUUGAGGUUAGACCUCCUAUUUUUUUAUAUUUUUCUAUAUUUUAAAAAAUGUUUAUUCUUUUUUAUUAUUUUGAUAGUUCUGUUGAGUAUCAUGUUUAAAAAGGUUAAAUGUAAAGGAAUUCCUAAAGUUCAAAAGUUUUAUUUAAUUUCUUUAAUUUAUUCAUCUUUUUUAUUUUUUUAUUUUUAUUUUUUUACUUUUAUUUUGCUUAAAAUAUCCCAACGACGGGGGAAAAAACCAAACCAAGAUUUUGCUGCACUUGGCUUCUGUACUUGUUCUUACUUUAAAUAGUGCCUGCUGCAUCAGGACUCAAUCAACCACCACCAGAACACGUGUCAACGCCUAGAAAUGUGUGUGUGAACAAGGCUGGGAUGCUUGAAUGGCUAUCUUCUCUCUCUGUUAAAUGAAUACCUCACAGUGUUACCUUUCAGAAGCCAGCAACAUUUAUAUAUAUAUAUCAGUCAGUCGUACUAUACAUAUAUAUAUAAAUCACCAAGGGAGGCAGUUUCUUUCAAAGAGCAAAGACAAAGUACCUGCAUUUUUAAGAAGAUUUGCCUCUCUGCUUCUUAGAGCUUUACUUGGCUUCUUGAAGAGACAAACUACAGAAAAAGCCCAGUGUUUUUAUCUGCUGAUUUGUUUGAUUGCUGUAUUGUACCACUGUUUUGUUGCGUUCUGAGUGUUAUUUAAUUUCAUUUCCUCUUUGAAUACCAAAGCUUUCUUUAAACACAGAGAAAGAAGCAUUGUGCCAUAACAAUGAUGGAGAAGAACAAAAAGAGACAGCUUCACACAAAACAGUGAAUAUAUGGGAGUACUGCAAAAAAAAAAAAAAAAAAAGCCAAACCAAAACAAAAUGAUUCAAAAACCAAAAACAGCAAACCAAAAAUGUCAAAAGAGAAGUGGAUCUUCAACUCUUGACUUUGCUUUCAUUCCUCGACAGGAAUAUUUAUUGACCUCACAAUUUCUUCAGAUGUUGCUUUGUUUAGUUGUGCUAGAUAUCAGGUGGUUGGAAAUACUGUGAAACCUAGCUUUUGAUUUUAGAUUUAUGAAAAGAAGCAAACUAAGGACUGUAAAACCUAAAAGCUUUAGAGGCCUGCACUCUGCUGAGGCCGGAUUUGAUUGUUUCAGAGGGGUUUGGUCUAAGGAGAGAACUUCUCCCUACCCCUUCUCAACCAGCUGGAAAAGCAAAGCAGGUUGCUUUGAAACAAAACAAAAAAAAAA